CUAUAUUUUUUAUUAUGAGAGAUGCUCCUAAUGUUCCUGUGCUUCUCACAUGCUUACACUUCCAAGUCAAAAACUUAAAACACAGUAAAGGAGUCAUAUAAUCUUGAUCAGCAUGAACAGGCGAAUUUUCUAGCCGACUCCGGGGUACACAAAAAAUUGAAAAAUCGUCCAUCUAUUUAAAAAAAAUUAUUUAACCCCUUUACAUCGUUAAAAUUGGCAAAAUUAUGAGGAGACACCUUCUAGGUCAAUUAGAACCUCGCCAACUAGGAUUUUCCAUUCCAAUACGAGUAAUGGGGAUUUCCCUAGGCACACACAAUUGCUCAGAACUUGUCUGUGUUGGAAAGUGUUGUUUUUCAAGUGUGCUUUACAAUUUUUUGCCACGUCAAACCAUUGUCCCAUCCUGUUGCCUUGACUUUUGGGUCAUUGAUUGUCCAACGUUGACUACAGAUUUUUCUUCUGACCGAAACGAAUCGUUAAGAAAUAAAAAAAGCCACAAUGUAUAGCAAGCUGAAUAUACUGGAAUCCCACCUGAUCGGGGAUCUGAGCAAGCCCUAUGCUCUGCCCUUCCUGCUGGAAGGCACUCGUCAUCGUGAUUUGAAGACCAUUUCGAGCGAUACCCUGGCCCGCCUCAUGCAGGGCGAAUUCGCCAAGGAGUUGGGUCCUGGCGGUGGUUACCAGAUCAUCGACUGCCGGUAUCCAUUCGAAUUUGAUGCCGGUCACAUUCGUGGUGCCUGGAAUAUCUAUUCAUUCGACCAAAUCCGGAAGACUUUUCCUAGCAUAAUAGAGGAGAAUCAGGAGAAGGCUGCUCAGCGUCUCAUUUAUAUCUUCUACUGCGAGUUCUCCGCGAUGAGGGGAUCCAGAAUAAUGCGCUACCUGCGCAACCAUGAUCGAAGCCAUCAUUAUCGAAACUAUCCGAAACUGAACUAUCCUGAGCUCUAUUUGCUGCACAAGGGCUAUAACUCAUUCCAUGGAACACAUGUGGAUCUGUGCGAACCUAAUGGAUAUGUGAGCAUGCUGUCGCCGGAACACAGGGAGACCUACCGUACCGCCCGUCUCCUGGCCUGGUUGAAUGAAUAGCGACAUCAAAAAUAAUAACAUUUCCUGAUCUUCAAGCUUGACGGUACUAUUAAUUGGCCUACCAGAAGUCAUGAACAUAAUUUUUUAUUUACUUUAAACAUAUG